CUCUCUCUCUCUCUCAUCAGUCAUCAUCCUCGACACGCACACAGGCAACACAACAGAUCCCGCCCAUCCCGAGUUAAAACUGUCACCAUUUCCGCCCAUACAUUUACAAAUGCAGCCGCCGGUCCUCCCCCUCUCCAACCCCUCGCCAAUGCCGACCGUCUCAGCAGCAACUGCCGCGACGACGUUAUUUAGAUCGCAAUCCGAUCUAUCGCCCAACCGUCUUCCAAUUUCUCAGCAAUCCGAGGAUGACGACAACGUGAUCGAAGCCAAGCCGCUCUUGCCUAGGGCUUCGAGCUACACCAAUUUGACCAAGAAACGCCGCCGUCGCGCUUCCCCCGCCGGCGGCUGCGGUGGCGGCCAAUCGUUUCGCGAGGGCGUGGAGCAUGCCGCGUCCGAGACGUACUUGGUGACUCGCCUCGGCUUCAACCUCUUGCGGUAUCUCGGGGUAGGCUACAGGUGGAUCACAAGAUUUCUUGCUCUUGGCUGCUAUGCUUUCUUACUUUUCCCUGGGUUUGUUCAAGUUGGGUAUUACUAUUUCUUCUCAAGUCAGGUCGUCAGAGGUAUAAUUUAUGGGAAUCAACCAAGAAACAGGCUUGAUAUAUACUUUCCUAAAAAUACCAAUGGCCCGAAGCCAGUUGUUGCAUUUGUGACUGGUGGAGCUUGGAUUAUUGGCUAUAAAGCGUGGGGUUCUCUUUUAGGGCAACAGUUAUCAGAAAGAGACAUUAUAGUGGCCUGCAUAGAUUACAGAAACUUUCCUCAGGGGACUAUGAGUGAUAUGGUGAAGGACGCGUCUGAAGGCAUCUCAUUUGUCUGCAAUCAUAUUGCUGAAUAUGGAGGUGAUCCCAACAGGAUUUAUCUAAUGGGACAGUCAGCUGGUGCCCAUAUUGCUGCUUGUGCUCUGUUGGAGCAGGCAAUUAAAGAGGCUGGCGAAGGAGAAUGCACUUCUUGGAGUUUGUCCCAGAUAAGGGCUUAUUUUGGUUUAUCUGGAGGGUACAAUCUAUUUAACCUCAUAGAUCACUUUGACAAUCGAGGGUUGUACCGUUCAAUCUUUUUAAGCAUAAUGGAGGGGGAACAAUCUUUGCGACGAUUUUCUCCUGAAGUAGUUGUACAAGACCCGAGCAUUAGAAAUGCAGUUUCUCUCUUGCCUCCUACAAUUCUUUUUCAUGGCACUGCCGACUGUUCUAUUCCAUCAGAUGCCAGCAAAGAUUUCGCAGAUACCUUGCAAAGAGUUGGAGGGAAAGCUGAAUCCAUUUUAUAUGAAGGUCGGACUCACACUGAUAUAUUUCUCCAGGAUCCAAUGAGAGGCGGUGACGAUAAACUGUUUGAAGAUUUAGUUUCUCACAUUCACGCUGGAGAUUCAGCAGCCCUCGCGAAAGAUGCAAACGCACCUCCUAGAAAAAGACUCGUACCUGAAUUCAUGUUGAAGUUGGCUCGCAGUGUCAGCCCAUUUUAAUUUUUUUUUUUAGAUCAGUUCACUUGUAGCCAAAAUCCAUUAUUUUAUUUGUGGUACCCUUCUAUUUAUCUCUGUAAAAUGUCACAAAACAUCUCAGCAACACUUGGUAGGUAAUAAAAUCAUUUAUUUCUUUUCCCUUC